CUCUGCGGUUGCUUUGAUACCUUUUUUUUUUUUUUUNUUUUCAACUUCAUUCCCUUUCUCAGGCCUGUGGCCGUUUACCUUCCUUUCGCUGGUCGAUUCUGCGCACUCCUUUUUCUUGUUACUGUUGAACAGGCAAAACACCAAAAAUAAAAACAGACAGACAGGCACUCCUUUGUCCAAGUCUAGAUAUUCAUUCCCUCAGUUGACCGUGAUUCGCAACCGUCAGAGCAAGACUCUCUCUCUUCUGAUACAGAUCCUUGUAUCCCACUUCUAAACGAUAUCAAACCAGCAAAUAAACAACACAUUCAUCAUCAAGAUGCAUUUCCAAUCCCUCAGCCUCUUGGCCCUGGCCAUCUCCUCCGUCUCGGCCACUCUCUCCCCAAACCUCCCCGGCAUGAACCUCGUCUGGCAGGAGACCUUUGUUGGCCAGCAAGGCGACAUGGUUGACCUCACCCAAUGGACCGUCGUCACCGACCUCCACAACAACCAGGAGCUCGAGACUUACACCCAGUCCGACUCCAACAUGCAGCUCUCCGGAGGCCAAACUCUCCAGCUCGUCCCUCAACAAGCCCCCUCCGGCGAAUGGACCUCCUCCCGCAUCGAAUCCAUCCAGUCUUGGACUCCAGCUCCCGGCAAAACCAUGCAAGUCCAGGCCGCUCUGCGUGGUGGCUCCAGCCCCCUUGACACCAAGCAAGGCAUGUGGCCCGCCUUCUGGAUGCUGGGCGACUCCAUGCGUCACGGCACCCCCUGGCCUCUCUGCGGAGAGCUCGACAUCUUUGAGCAGAUCAACGGCCAGUUAACCGGCUACGGCACCGCCCACUGCGACCACACUGGCGGCGGUGCGUGCAACGAGCCCUCGGGCCUGGGCCAGAGCAUUCCCAUCCCUCAGGACGACGACUUCCACACCUGGGCUCUCAAGAUCAACCGCUCGUCUAACAACUGGCAGACGGAGACGAUCGAAUGGUACCUCGACGGCACUCUCUUCCACACCCUUGUCGGCGCCCAGUUUGGCGACGAGGGGCUCUGGGCUACGCUUGCGCACUCUCCAAUGUACAUCAUUCUCAACCUUGCUGUUGGUGGUACAUGGCCCGGUGACCCUAACGAGGCGACUCUGCCCGGCUGGGGCAACAUGUUUGAAGUUCAAUACGUUGCCGUCUACUCCUCUUAAGGGGAGUUUAGCUCAAUGAAGAGGGGGAGGAAGAUAUGAAAAAGAAAAGAUGGAGGAUAAAAAAAAAUAAAAGGAAAUUUUGGAUUUGGGUAGAUAUGGUAGAAGGCGCUUUUUAUGAUGCACAUGUCAUGACAACAUGUCCCUGCGUGGGACAUCAUUUCAAUUCACUGUAUAUAUAUUCAAGAUACCUCAUGACCACGACUGUUAUGACUCCUAACUCACAU